ACAGGCGAGAUUGUUUACCAAAAAAUGUUGUACCAGGGGCAGGAGCGAACGAACGUUCAGUGAGGAAAAUAAUAUGCGAAUGGGCGAUCGGCGAGGUAGGCUGUAGUGUACAUAACAUCUCGAUGCGAGGGAGCACGGAAUCUAAGCACGACUGAUCUCUCGAUUCCGACGCAAAGAUAACAUUUAUAUCAAGAUGCCCUGCUUGACGGCGAACACCUUAUGUUCCCCAUUUACGGCUUCAAAUGUGGCGCCCUUCGUUUGGAUCUGCACCCGGCGAGACUGUAUGGAAUGAGCAACGAAUACACACACUGAAUGCAAACAGCACCAUGUUAAAGCCGCUCCCCAGAUCGGCCGUUUGAGCGAUAUAAUCAUCGAUACAAAAAGAGCAGCCCCCCCCCCCCCUCUCCUCACAGCAAAGUAGGCAGCAAAACAUCCGGUUUAAAUGCCGCACUUCGAACGCACCCACUAACUGCCGGUGCAUCGAACCAGAAGGUUCAAGCGUGUAGUAACGGGAAGAAAACGCUUCCUUUCGCAAUCGUUCGUACGCGGCGUGACCGCAGCGGGGCCUGGAGACACGCUGUGCCCCGCCGUGUCUGUUGGGGCCGCAAUUCCCCUCCGUACUGGUGCCAAUGUGUUUCCGGUCUGCACAUAAGGUGUGAUACGGCUUGCCCUGGUUUUGUCGACCUUUGGAAGGAUUUUUUCACGUGCCAGUUUGCGCAACAAACCGACAUCAGUAAUCAUCAGCGGCACCGGCCACUGCGGUCCGGUGUGCUUUGACGCCAAGCUGGAUCUUUUGCGCUGGCUAGCGUGCUUGGUGGGCGCACUCGCGCUCGUGCUGGUCGAGGCGGUCGCACUGCAGCACCAGCUCGACGCGUCCGACUCUGGGCCCGGCGGACCGGCGCUAGAGGAUGGGCCGGGCGGCCGGAUGGGAACGAGUGGCAGCGGCCAUGCCGGCGGGCACCAUCACCACCGGCAGCCGGCUGAACCCGUCGGCGUUGAAGAAAACGACCAGGAGGAAACGAUCGUGGUGCCGCAGGUUUCGCGCAGCAUCAGCGCCAGCCACGGGCGGCCGUACGAGCGAGCCAACGGUGGAAGCGGUGGGCUUGGUGCCCAGGGCCGCAAUGGGCACAAUGGCAGCAGCAGCAAUGGUAGCAUCGGAAGCAACGGCAGCAACGGCAACAGUGGUAGUAGCAAUGGCGAAUCCACCUCCUACCGUGCGACGAAGAAAGCGCCCCAGGAAGGGAACGGUGUCCAUCACGACAACGAGCACACGAUCCGGAUGCUGAUCGACUGGAACUGGCCAAAGUGCUUCAGCUUCGAGCCGAAGGAGCAUCUAUACUAUCACAUCGGGCAUGCGCUGUUUCUGGUGGCCUUCCUCGCACCGAACAUACCGUGCGGGUUCCUGUGGUUGCGCUGUGCGGCCAUCGCCGGCUGCAUACUGAUGGUGCUGUGGGGCUGGUUCGUAGCCUGCAGCCUGGACGCGGUCGUCUGGUUCAGCCUGUUUCUGCUGGUGAACGCUUUCUACGUGGUGGUGCUGCUCUGUAAGCUGCGCCCGGUCAAGUUCGAGAAGGAGAUUGAAUCGGUGUACGUUGCCUUGUUUAAGCCGCUGCGCGUGUCGCGCCACCAGUUCAAGAAGGUGCUGAACUGCAUGAAGAUUGUACGGCCGCUGAAGUACCAGGAAAUUUACGUGCAGGAAAAAAUAACCAAAGUCGACAGUUUGUCUCUAGUGCUGUCGGGAAAAUUAGUAGUUUCACAGAAUCAAAAAGCGCUUCAUAUAGUAUUUCCACAUCAGUUUCUCGAUUCACCCGAAUGGUUCGGUGUUUCUACCGAUGACUAUUUUCAGGUGUCAAUCAUGGCGAUGGAGGAGUCGCGUGUACUCAUCUGGCACCGGGAUAAGCUGAAGCUUUCCAUCAUGGCGGAACCGUUCCUGCAGGCCGUGUUCGAUCACAUACUCGGACGGGAUGUGGUGAAAAAAUUAAUGCAGGUCACACAGGUCAGCGAAACGAUGGCGCAAAGCAACGGCUGCAUUGCGUCAGGCUAUGGCGACGACUCGGAAGAUAAACCGAUGCUGGUGAUGAAGAGCAAAGGUACCGACAAUGGGGGGCACGGGCUGACGGCCUUGAUAAAUCGCCAGCUGCAAGCCUGAGACAAAAGCUCACCUCAACCCGAACAGUUUUACCCUUUAGUCCGCAUGCCGAUGGUGGGCAGCGCGCUAAAGAAUCGGCAAUACUGCGUGUUGUACUUCGCUACUAUACUCUCUGGUUCGUCUGAGCUGGGAUAUCAUUGUACUCUGGUACACUUGUGCACUGUGCAAGUGCCGUAGAUUGUGCCUUCCAACCUUUCUUCCUUUUCUCCCUUCUUUUCCUUAAACUAGAAACCGUGCGUAAAGUUGCUUUUUGGGGGUCGAAACGACCAGUGGUGGUGUUGAACCCGGUGGGAGGGUUUCCCGAGGGUUUACGGUUUUGCGUUGGUACUAGUAGCUUUUGUUUUUGUUUUCUUUUUUUAUUCCUCACCUCACCCCUCUCUUGAUUAUAGAUGAGACCUUACCGCUUCUGCCGACCGUCGCCCUAAACUCUGGCAAAGCGCUGAUUGAAAAGGUGUACCAUGUGGUGGAGGUGGAUUAGCGACCGCGCCUUCGCUUCGCCUUCGCUUCCGUCUAGCUGUUCGCCCUUUGGUUAGCUAGGGAACGGCGGGGGAACGGAGUCGUAGGAAGCGUCCGGAAGGAAAAGGCGCAGAGCGUGUGUUUCUUCCGGUAAGGAGGAGCGCCGAUUGCAAAGCCUGUUUGAUAGUCAUUUCCCGCGCUGCUUGUGGAAGCGUUACGGUAGCGCCAAACUGGAGAAAGCGUCCAAAUAUUACGAUUAGGUUCACGGAACAGCAGUGAAGCACUGACUCCCAAGCGGAAGAGACAGAGAGAGAAAAAACGUCGUCCUUAUAAACCCACACACGGUCUUGUACUACUACACACCAACCACACACCACUACCCCGCAACAUCCCAUUUCGUUUCCGUGGAAAGCGUGGGACAUAAUUGCAUGCCAUUUUACGCCUAGUACACGGUUCCGUGUGUUCGUACUAAGUUAUGUUAAUUUCUAAUUUUAUCUCUAAUCACUACCAGUUAAUGAGCGCGUUUUUGUGUUUUAGGGUGAUUGUGAUAUACACUCCGAACGACUGUUAACAUAUGAUUUACACAAAUAGACUUAGAGGCAGUAACUAGCUGAGCGGCAAAAAGAAAUUAAAUGAAUACAAGGAGAAUAAUACGCCUGAAAGUGGAUAUUAUUACAGCUAGCACUUACUACCUUCCUACACAUGUUCAUUCAGAACUAUUUCUGUUUUUUUUUUAAGUUUAAUCUGUUCUAUAUCUUUUUCUGCGCUACACACUGUUUUGACUUAGUUCUUAUUUUAUCUCCAAUGUGGUUUGUUCGCUUCCCGCUUGUUACUCGAGCAUCAUAAGUUACUACUUGUAUUAUUAUUCUUUCUACAAACAUAUUUUCUAAAGGUUCUGGAUUCUUAUCAACUCAUUUGUAUCGCAUUCUUUAUUUUUAUUGAACUAUCAAAGUGUUUUAUUUUUUCAAUUUAUCUACACUUUGGCCCAUUUGCCUCUCGGUGUUUUCUUUCUCUCUUUAUCCUGCUAUUCUGCUACUAUUCAUUCUUUUUGUACUACUACCAUUAUUCACUGUAUCCUUUCUGGCGUCUACCUAUUUCUACCCGUCUACUGCAACUACAAUUUAUCUUAUCACUCGUACUAUUAUUUUUUCAAUUACCUCGUCUACCGUAUUGUUACUACGAAUGACCAUGCCACACAAAAAAGCUCUCCCACGGAUCUCGAAGUAUUAUUACUGUGGUAAGUUGUCACACAAUGUCACCUCAAAGUUUUCGUUUGGUUCGGUUUUGCAUUGUGUGUGUGUUUUUUCAUCAUUUACUUUUCCCUCUUUACAAUGAUUUUCGUUACCGUUCAUUUCCUUUGGCUGGCUGGAUUGAACCCACUGAUGGGAUGAGGGGGCGGGGGGAGGGGUUGUAUAUGUAUAUAAGAAGAGAUUCGAUGUACGUUUUCUAAUGAAAUGCGAUAAACAUGUAUGAAUGGCGCUCUUAAAUUAACAAAAGUUACCUAUUUUUAUUUUAUUUUUCCUCUGUUGGCAAAGGGCGGGCUAUCUGUGUGCUUGUGUCCGUUUGUAUGUUUCUCUCCGUGCAUUUGUUUUGCUUUUUAAAAUGUUCUAGCAGUUGUGCGUUGUGUCGGCUAGUACGUUUUACCUAUCUGAGCUGUAUAAAGUACGUGUAUAAAGAAUUAUUCUUGUCAAUGCACGCACACGCACACAAAAGCUGUUGGAGCAUGUUUUGUGUUCCUGUACGAAUAUUUAAUCCGCCUUUGUCGGAGUGUCGGAACCACUGAUCAGAUGCGUUACAAGUUUUGGAAUUAGACAUCCAAAGACGGCUUAAAAGAGCAUCAUUUUUGUUGGUUUGUUUGUUAUAAUUUAUGGUCUAUUUUGUUUUGGUUUGUUUACACAUGUUUUUUUUUUUUGUAAGGUUAAGAUGUACGCAGCAAAUUUCGACAUGAUGUAAUCCUCAAAAUAACUGAUAACUUAGGAUUGGAGGGAUUAAGUAGCGUAAAAAAGAUAAAAUUGAUUAUCGUUAAGUGAUAGGAGAUCGAUAUUAAUAACAUGGUAUUAUUGCGCGGCGAUCAAACCACCGUGUGAGAGGCCGGAUCUAUCGGUGCACUCACGGAACGACGAACGAAUGCGCAAUACAUUCAGGAUUGCGUGCGGUACCAUUUUCAUGAAUGUGAAAGAGUGGUUGUUUUUGUGCGGUAAUCUGUGACGGUAUGAAAUGCUUCUUGGAACUAGUUUUAACUAAUAUGUGUUAUUUAAUUCCGUCAUUAUUAAUAUCUAUAUGGAGUUUGUAUGUAUGUGAGUGUAUUAUUGUUUUAUUUAAAGAAAAAAGACGAGAACAUUGUACAACAUCGAAGUGUGUGUGCUGUUGCGAUACGGCUCAGGAUGAGAACAAACGAAGAAACAACUAAACGAAACAUGGAAUGUCGUUAACACGAGAAAUUAAAUAAAGUAAACUCUGUAACAAAUUA